AACCCCUAAAUCCAAUCUGGAUCUAAGUCUCUAAACCCAUCAUUCUCUCUCUCUUCACUUGUAAACCAAAAGAAACCCAGAUUCAUCCUCUCUCUCUCUCUCUCUCUCAGAAGAUGAUAGCUGUGAUCGGAUUGCUUCUGGGUUUUCUAGUUUCAGCGUUGUUCUUAAUCCAAGGAAAGCGAAGAUCAUCUAAUGGUGGUCAAGAGAAGAAGAAGCAAUCUAGUAAUGAUGACGAGCCUAAAGAUUUAAAGCCAAAAAGUUACAGCAAGACCGAAGUGGCAGAACACAACAAGAGAGACGAUUGUUGGAUCAUAAUCAAAGAUAAAGUCUAUGAUGUCACUUCUUACGUUGAAGAGCAUCCUGGUGGCGACGCUAUUCUAGAUCAUGCUGGUGACGAUUCUACUGAGGGGUUCUUCGGACCGCAACACGCCACUCGUGUUUUCGACAUGAUCGAGGAUUUCUACAUCGGACAACUUCGCUUGUAAGAUUUGAGAUUGUGGAACCUUUUUGUGUUUGUGUUUCUCUUUGUCUAUUUGUUGUUUUUGUAAUGCCAAGUUUCGUCCUUUUCUGUCACUUUUUCAUGAAAAAUCUCGAAUUUCAACCUUAGGGUUAGUACUGAGAGUGAGCUCUUGAUCUAUGAUGAUCUGUUUUAAAGUGUUCUAAACCCA